AUGAAGAAGUCCUAUAUUACAUAUCUUAACAAGAAGAGAGCCUCUAAGAAACCAAAAGACCAUUUGCUAGCCAAGGAGUCCUUUUUGAAUGCAAUCCCUCCAGCUUCCCUUUCGCUCGAUGGAAACUCCAACAUGCUUGCAAUGAAGGAAAUCAAAGUUGAAACACUAGCUACUGACCUACAGAAUCAGCUCAGUAUCAAUGAUUCUGGCACGGUGGAUGGUUCUCAAUAUGCUGCAGCCUCUGAAUCUGGCUGCAAUCUGGAGGAACUGAAAAUAGCCUACAAGACAUCCCAAAUCCCAAAUGCUUAA